GGGAGUGAGUGUGGGUGGAGGAAUGCGUGUAAACAGGGGAGUGAGUGUGGGUGGACCACUGUGCUCGGGAACGAGAGUGUUGCGGGCGCGCGGAGCCUCCCCUCCCCCCUCCCGGCGCGGGCGCGAGUCCGGGUGCGCUCGGCGUCCCCGGCGGGGCAGCAGCGAGAAGCAGCCUCCGUCCGGGUCAUUCUCCUGUCCUGACCGCGGCGCCUGGAGGAGCCCAGCCGAGGCUCUGGCCCAAAGCAGUGGGCGCGCGGGAGGCUCGGCCGGGACCCCAGUCAACCGCGCCCGUGCUCUGCGGCGCCGGAGGAGGAGCCCCCGGGGCUGAGGGAGCCCCGGGCGGGGCUGCGGGAGGAGGAUGGCGUCGCCCCCCGCGCCGGCCUCGGGAGGCGCGGCCCGCACACCGCCGAGCCCCCAGCGGAUGCGUCAGUCGGACAGCAAUGCCAGCUUCCUCCGCGCGGCCCGAGCCGGCAAUCUGGACAAGGUCGUGGAGUACCUGAAGGGAGGCAUCGACAUCAACACCUGCAACCAGAAUGGACUCAACGCGCUCCACCUGGCGGCCAAGGAGGGGCACGUGGGGCUGGUGCAGGAGCUGCUGGGCAGGGGCUCGGCCGUGGACUCCGCCACCAAGAAGGGGAACACGGCUCUUCACAUCGCCUCUCUGGCCGGGCAGGCGGAAGUCGUCAAGGUUCUGGUCAAGGAAGGCGCCGACAUCAACGCCCAGUCCCAGAAUGGCUUCACCCCGCUGUACAUGGCUGCCCAGGAAAACCACAUCGACGUCGUGAAGUACCUGCUGGAGAAUGGCGCCAACCAGAGCACCGCCACCGAGGACGGCUUCACGCCUCUGGCGGUGGCCCUGCAGCAAGGACACGACCAGGCCGUGGCCGUCCUGCUGGAGAACGACACCAAGGGGAAGGUGCGGCUGCCGGCGCUGCACAUCGCGGCCAGGAAGGACGACACCAAGUCGGCCGCCCUGCUGCUGCAGAACGACCACAACGCCGACGUGCAGUCCAAGAUGAUGGUGAAUAGGACGACCGAGAGUGGCUUCACCCCUCUGCACAUCGCCGCCCACUACGGGAACGUCAACGUGGCCACCCUGCUCCUCAACCGCGGCGCCGCAGUGGACUUCACGGCCCGGAACGGGAUCACACCUCUGCACGUGGCCUCCAAGAGGGGAAACACGAACAUGGUGAAGCUCCUGCUGGACCGCGGCGGCCAGAUCGACGCCAAAACCAGGGACGGGCUGACGCCGCUGCACUGCGCGGCCCGGAGCGGGCACGGCCAGGCGGUGGAGCUGCUGCUGGAGAGGGGCGCGCCCCUGCUGGCCCGGACCAAGAACGGGCUGUCCCCGCUCCACAUGGCCGCGCAGGGGGACCACGUGGACUGCGUCAAGCACCUGCUGCAGCACAAGGCCCCCGUGGACGACGUCACGCUGGACUACCUGACGGCCCUGCACGUCGCCGCGCACUGUGGCCACUACCGUGUCACCAAGCUCCUCCUGGACAAGAGAGCCAACCCCAACGCCCGAGCCCUGAACGGCUUUACCCCCCUGCACAUCGCCUGCAAGAAAAACCGCAUCAAAGUCAUGGAGCUGCUGGUGAAAUAUGGGGCUUCCAUCCAGGCUGUGACAGAGUCCGGCCUCACGCCUGUUCACGUGGCGGCCUUCAUGGGCCACCUGAACAUUGUGCUGCUGCUGCUGCAGAACGGCGCCUGUCCCGAUGUCACUAACGUUCGCGGCGAGACGGCCCUGCACAUGGCGGCCCGGGCGGGGCAGGUGGAGGUCGUGCGGUGCCUGCUUCGGAAUGGCGCCCUGGUGGACGCCAGAGCCCGGGAGGAGCAGACCCCUCUGCACAUCGCCUCGCGCCUGGGCAAGACGGAGCUGGUGCAGCUGCUGCUGCAGCACAUGGCGCACCCCGACGCGGCCACCGCCAGCGGGCACACGCCGCUGCACAUCUCCGCCCGGGAGGGCCAGGCGGGCGUGGCCGCGGUCCUCCUGGAAGCAGGGGCCGCCCACUCCUCAGCCACCAAGAAAGGCUUCACCCCCCUGCACGUGGCGGCCAAGUACGGGAGCCUGGACGUGGCCAAGCUGCUGCUGCACCGGCGGGUGGCGGCUGACUCCUCAGGGAAGAACGGCCUGACCCCGCUGCACGUGGCUGCUCACUACGACAACCAGGAGGUGGCCCUGCUGCUGCUGGAGAAGGGCGCGUCCCCUCACGCCACCGCCAAGAACGGCUACACACCCUUGCACAUCGCCGCCAAGAAGAACCAGAUGCAGAUUGCUUCCACGCUCCUCAGUUACGGAGCCGAGACGAACGUGGUCACCAAGCAGGGCGUGACCCCACUGCACCUGGCCUCCCAGGAGGGGCACUCGGACAUGGCCACCUUGCUCCUGGAGAAGGGCGCCAACGUCCACACGUCGACCAAGAGUGGACUCACUGCCUUACACCUGGCCGCCCAGGAGGACAGAGUGCACGUCGCUGAGGUUCUCACCAAGCACGGGGCCGACCAGGACGCCCACACAAAGCUGGGCUACACUCCUUUAAUCGUGGCCUGUCACUACGGAAAUGUGAAAAUGGUCAACUUCCUCCUGAAGCAGGGAGCGGACGUCAAUGCCAAAACCAAGAGCGGCUACACGCCCCUGCACCAGGCUGCGCAGCAGGGCCACACGCACAUCAUCAACGUGCUGCUGCAGCACGGCGCACGGCCGGACGCCACCACCACGAAUGGCAACACCGCCCUGGCCAUCGCCAAGCGGCUGGGCUACAUCUCGGUGGUGGACACGCUGAAGGUUGUGACUGAGGAGGUCACCACCACCACGACUAUCACUGAAAAACACAAACUGAAUGUUCCUGAGACGAUGACCGAGGUGCUCGAUGUUUCCGAUGAAGAGGCUUUUAAACGGUUUGGUGACCACUUUAUUGAUGGGGAAGUACUGAGUGACUCAGGUGACGACACCAUGACUGGGGACGGUGGCGAGUACCUGAGGCCCGAGGACCUGAAGGAGCUGGGCGAUGACUCACUGCCCGGCAGCCAGUUCCUGGACGGCAUGAACUACCUGCGCUACAGCCUGGAGGGGGGGCGCUCCGACAGCCUCCGGUCCUUCAGUUCCGACAGGUCUCACACCCUGAGCCACGCCUCCUACCUGCGGGACAGCGCCAUGAUUGACGACGCAGUCCUGAUCCCCAGUCAUCAGGUGUCGGCGCUCGCCAAGGAGGCGGAGAGGAACGCUUACCGCCUCAGCUGGGGCCCCGAGACCCUGGACAAUGUGGCCCUGUCUUCCAGCCCUAUUCACUCAGGCCGCACCUCUCCGUGUCUCGAUCGCGACAACAGCAGCUUCCUGGUCAGUUUCAUGGUGGACGCCCGCGGGGGCGCCAUGCGGGGCUGCAGACACCACGGGCUGCGCAUCAUCAUCCCGCCACGCAAGUGCACGGCCCCCACGCGGGUCACCUGCCGCCUGGUGAAACGCCACCGACUGGCCACCAUGCCCCCGAUGGUGGAAGGAGAAGGCCUGGCAAGCCGCCUCAUCGAAGUCGGACCCUCUGGUGCUCAGUUCCUGGGGCCUGUCGUCGUGGAGAUCCCCCACUUCGCUGCCCUCCGCGGGAAGGAGAGGGAGCUGGUGGUGCUGCGCAGCGAGAACGGGGACGGCUGGAAGGAGCACUGCUGCGAGCACACGGAGGACGAGCUCAACGAGGUCCUCAACGGCAUGGACGAAGUGCUGGACAGCGCGGAGGACCUGGACCGCAAGCGCAUCUGCCGCAUCGUCACUCGCGACUUCCCGCAGUACUUCGCUGUGGUGUCGCGCGUCAAACAAGACAGCCACCUGAUUGGGCCUGAGGGCGGCGUGCUGAGCAGCACCGUGGUGCCUCAGGUGCAGGCCGUGUUCCCCGAGGGUGCGCUGACCAAGCGGAUCCGCGUGGGCCUGCAGGCUCAGCCGAUGCACAGUGAGCUGGUCAAGAAGAUCCUCGGGAACAAGGCCACCUUCAGCCCCAUAGUCACGUUGGAGCCUCGAAGGAGGAAAUUCCACAAGCCCAUCACCAUGACCAUCCCUGUCCCCAAAGCUGCCAGCGACGUUGUGCUGAAUGGCUUUGGGGGAGAAGCGCCAACCUUGAGGCUGCUGUGCAGUAUAACAGGUGGAACCACCCCUGCCCAGUGGGAAGACAUCACGGGAACCACGCCGCUGACGUUUGUCAACGAGUGUGUCUCCUUCACCACCAACGUGUCUGCCAGGUUCUGGCUGAUAGACUGUCGACAAACCCAGGAAUCUGUCACCUUUGCCUCCCAAGUGUACCGAGAAAUCAUCUGUGUGCCCUACAUGGCCAAGUUCGUGGUGUUUGCCAAGUCCCACGACCCCAUCGAGGCCAGGCUGCGGUGUUUCUGCAUGACCGACGACAAGGUGGACAAGACGCUGGAGCAGCAGGAGAACUUCGCCGAGGUGGCCAGGAGCCGGGACGUGGAGGUGCUGGAAGGGAAGCCCAUCUACGUGGACUGUUUCGGCAACCUCGUGCCCCUGACCAAGAGCGGCCAGCACCACAUAUUCAGCUUCUUUGCCUUUAAGGAGAACAGGCUUCCCCUCUUUGUCAAGGUACGAGACACGACUCAGGAACCCUGCGGACGACUGUCAUUUAUGAAAGAGCCGAAGUCCACCCGAGGCCUGGUGCAUCAAGCGAUCUGCAACCUGAACAUCACCCUGCCCGUUUACAUAAAGGAGUCAGAGUCAGACCAGGAACAGGAGGAAGAGGUCGAUAUGACAUCAGAAAAAAACGAUGAGACAGAGUCAACAGAAACGUCUGUCCUGAAAAGCCACCUGGUCACGGAGGCCCCGGCCCUGGCCAGCCCAGACUUGCUCUCGGAGGUCUCCGAGAUGAAGCAGGACCUGAUCAAGGUGACGGCGCUCCUGGCCACUGGCGCGGCCAGCAGGGCAGGUGCCCUCGGGGAGAAGGCACUGGCCGGGGCCGCGGAGGAGGAGCCAGGGGAGCCCUUUGAGAUCGUGGGGAGAGUGAAGGAGGACUUGGAGAAGGUGAACGAGAUCCUGAGGGGCGGGGCCUGCUCAGGGGGCAGUGGCCGCGGGCCAGGGUCCCAGCCUGCGGGGCCGCAAGUGGACGAGGAGUGGGUGCUCCUCAGUGAUGAGGAGGUGGCAGAGGCCAAGCAAAGGGCCCCCCUGGAGGUCCCUGAGGUCCCCUGUGUAGAAAUCAGGCUAGAGAAGGAGACCCCAGCACAGGGACAGAGGGACGCCACAGGGCUGGUCACCUACCUCACAGAGGAUCUGAACUCCUACCCGGUGGCUCCUGGAGGGGCCCCGCGGUCAACGCCCCCCACAGCCGGGGACAGACGCUCGGAAAGCGAAGCAAAGGACGUUCCCCGGGAUGAGGCGCAGAGGACGCAGACCCUACAGCAGCCAGGCCUGGGGGUAAAGAAGCCAGUGCGGCGGAAGUUAAAGGACACGCAGAAACAGAGAGGGGAGAGUGCGCAAGCCGGUACAGGGAAAGGUGAGCUGAAACAGGGCAGUUCCGAAGAGUCCUUGGAGGGAGACCCAGGCUUGGCCCCCGAGCCUCUGCCCAGGGCCAAGGCCACGUCCCCCGUGAUCGAGGAGACUCCCAUCGGGCCCAUCAAGGACAAAGUGAAGGCCCUGCAGAAGAGAGUGGAAGAUGAGCAGAAGGGGCGAAGCAAGUUGCCUGUCAGACUCAAAGGCAAGGAGGAAGUGCCCCGCAGGGCGGGACCCCGGCCACAGCCGGCCGCGUCCCCCCCUCAAAGGCCGGACCGGCGGGCACCUGUGUCCCCCUCCUCCAAAGCGGACAGACACUCUUCCCUCACCUCCUCAGCCAAGUCCGAGCGGCAUCCUCCAGCAUCGCCACCGAGCAAGACCGAGAGACACUCGCCUGUGUCUCCCUCAGCAAAAACCGAGCGACACUCGCCCGGGUCCUCAUCAGGUAAAACCGAGAGACACUCACCUGUGUCACCUUCAGGUAAAAUAGACAAACGCCCACCAGUGUCACCAUCAGGAAAGUUGGAGAAACACCCCCCUGUGUCACCUGGGAGGACAGACAAGCGCCUGCCCGUGUCACCAGCUGCGAGGACGGAAAAGCACCCUCCCGGGCCGGCCUCUGGGAAGACUGAGAAGCGCCUUUCGGUGGCACCUUCUGGGAGGACAGACAAGGCCGCGCCGGUGUCCCCCACCUCGAGAACGGAGCGCAUCGAGGAGACCAUGUCUGUCCGGGAGCUGAUGAAGGCCUUUCAGUCGGGCCGGGACCCAUCCAAGCACAAAGCUGGGCUGUUUGAGCACAAAACCGUCAAACUGAAGCAGCCACAGGAAAAAGGCACAGUUCGGGCUGAAAAAGAAAAGGGGCCGCUAACAGUCCAGAAAGAGACACUGAAAACAGAGAGUCCGACCGUCCGACGAGGCCAGAGGUCCCCGGGAGUGGGGGCUGCAGAACCCAGAAGAGGAGCUCGUGGUGUCUCGGGGCUGAGAGAAGAUACCACCAGAGGGAAGGAGACCCUCCCCACCGGUAGGACGCUGCCCCCCGUGGGCCCGGUGCCUGGGGAGGAGCUGGACGAGCGGGAAGACGCGGACCUCCAGAUCAGCCCCGACCGCAGAACCUCCACUGACUUUUCCGAGGUCAUUAAGCUGGAGCUGGAAGACAAUGACAGGUACCAGCAGUUCCGUCGCCAGGAAGAGCCUGAAGAGGUGCCGCUGGUGCCGGAGCAGGUGCUCACCAGCCCCUUCCCCACGGCCUUCCCACCGGAGCCUGGCAGUGUGCAGCCACUCCCAGCCUUGACCUUCCGCCUGGAUGGCAGCUGUGAAAAUCUGGGGCAGGAAGGGGUGGCAGGGUCUCCCUGCGGCAGCCUGAUGGAGGGGACCCCGCAGGUCAGCUCGGAAGAGAGCUACAAGCAUGAGGGCUUGGCAGAGACCCCCGAGACAAGCCCAGAAAGCCUUUCCUAUUCACCAAAGAAAAGUCAGGAGCAAACGGGGGAAACCAGUGCAAACACCGCCUUCAAAACAGACGUUCAUUCAGGCAAAGUGCAUCCCUCCACCAAAGACUCUCCUGAUGGUGCCGAAGAGCCGGGCAUGGCUGCUGCGGAGGGCGCAGAACCCGGGGCCAGGUGUGUGAAGGAGGGCGCCCUGGACCCUUCCAGAGAGACGGGCCCCGAACCGGAGGGCGAAAGCUCGGGCCGCUGUACUGUGUCCUCAGCAAAGGAAGCACCUGCCGGGCUGAUGAAGGACGUGGUCUGUGAUGAUGGCCCCCGUGCCCACAAGACACAGACGGAUCCUGGAGCUCAGGGACCCACGAGCCCCAAGCCCUUAUCGACUGAGGCCCCUGUGAGGACCGCCCAGUCCCAGGCAUCCCCGCGCAGUCCCCAGGGGCUGGACCUACCACUCCCUCGCUCUGACCCCGAGGUCCUCAGUCCCGGGGCUGACGAGUCGCUGGCGGUGAGCCACAGGGACUCCUUGGAAGCCAGCCCUGUGCUGGAGGACAACUCCUCACACAAAACCCCGGACUCCCUAGAGCCCAGCCCCCUGCGGGAGUCUCCCUGCCGCGACUCCCUGGAGAGUAGCCCCGUGGAGCCCGAGGCGAAGGCCGGGUCGCUCCCGGGCCACGCCCCUCUCCCCGUGGCCGGUGCCAAGACCGACUUCUUCACAGAGAUGGCUUCCGUGAGGUCCCGGCUGCUGCGAGACCCCGAUGGCAGUGCCGAGGAUGACAGUCUGGAGCAGACGUCCCUGGUGGAGAGCUCCGGGAAGAGUCCCCUCUCUCCCGACACCCCCAGUUCUGAAGAAGUCAGCUAUGAGGUCACACCCAAGGCCUCUGAUGCCAGCACCCCCAAACCAGCUGUGAUUCAUGAGUGUGCUGAGGAGGAGGACUCAGAAAACGGGGAGAAAAAGAGGUUCACCCCUGAAGAGGAGAUGUUCAAAAUGGUGACCAAAAUCAAAACCUUUGAUGAACUUGAACAAGAAGCCAAGCAGAAAAGAGACUGUCGGAAAGAAACGAAGCCCGAAGAGUCAUCUUCACCCUCUGACCUGGACGCUGAUGGCCCGGCAUGUGCACAGGACGGAAGUGACACCCCCGUCAUGGUGACCUCGGACAACAGAAAGGCAUCCUCCCCCUCGGAGAGUGAGCCUGAGCUGACGCGGCAGACAGGAGCUGAGCCGGGGCUGCUCCCAGAGCCGGUCAUUCGGGUGCAGCCCCCGUCCCCACUCCCGUCCAGCUUGGACUCAAACUCCAGUCCCGAGGAGGCACCAUUCCAGCCCGUUGCUUCCAAACAGUACACUUUCAAGAUGAAUGAAGACACUCAGGAAGAGUCCAGUACAUCAGAAGAAAAAGAGUGUGAAUCUCGUUUGCCUGAAGAUGGUCACGCAGAUCCCACUGGAGGCCCGGAUCUGCCGCAUGAGGAUCUGAACAGAGAUGCCGACCCACCGAACAUCUGUGCCGGCCGCGGGUGUGCAGCAGGGAGUCCUGGCCACUCGGCCCCAUCUGUGUCCUCAGGUCCCUGUGGCCCCGGCAGGGAGGAGCUUGUCGUCUGGGAGGAUCCGUUGUCUCCCCAGGACCCAGGCGAGGACUCAAGAGGAGGAGAGCUAGGGGCUUCUCAGGGGGGAUCUCCACAGGCCGGUGGCCCCGGCGAGGGCUCGUCACCUUUGUCCCCGUUGCCUGACUGUUCAGCAUCUGGAGGUGCUGUCUCUGCGUCUUCUCCAGCAAAAACGGAGGGCACAGAGACCAGCCACGCUUCCGAGAGCUUCCAGGACAUCCCCGCACUGGACUCCUCCCUGGCUGUUCAGACAGACAGUCUGUCUGUGGGCGGUCCAGGCUGUGACCCCUCUGAGGCUGCAGACACCUGCGAUCUUCAGGUCACAAGCCCGUAUGAAAAUGUGCCUCCUCAGUCCUUCUUCUCUGGCAAAGACAGCAAGUCCCCAACAAGUGCAGAACACUCCGGUUUUCAUGCUUCUGACGUGUGUUCUGUGACUGUCGCGUCCACUGUGGACAGCACGCCGGCGGCCCGUGUCUCUAGUGAGGCUGUUUCAAGCAAAGGCUCCAAUUUUGGGGACCAGGGCCUGGAAAGCACCUCAGGGGACAUGCUGUCCGGCUGCGCCCCUGCACCCCCACAGCCCCACCUGCCGCGCUCCACUGCCGCUGCCAGCGAGCACGUGAGCCAGGUCGUCAUCACCGCCUCUGACUCGGAUCCCGAUUCCUGGAGCGAGAUCCGCGAGGACGAUGAAGCCUUUGAGGCCCGAGUGAAGGAGGAGGAGCAGAAGGUGUUUGGUUUGAUGGCGGACAGACAGUCACAGGGCACCACCCCAGACACUACUCCUGCACGGACCCCCACUGAGGAGGGGACCCCAACCAGCGAGCAGAACCCAUUUCUCUUCCAGGAAGGCAAACUGUUUGAGAUGACCCGAAGUGGGGCCAUCGACAUGACCAAAAGGCCCUAUGCAGAUGAGAGUUUCCACUUUUUCCAAAUUAGCCAAGAAUCCGGAGAAGCAGCCACCGCUGAUGACGUGAGAGAAGGGGGCGCUGUGAACGAGCCUCCACGGCCAUUGGCCCCCACCCCCGCCCUUUCAGGAUGCACUGACACAGACGAGGCUGACUUGCUUCCCAGUGUCCUGGGUGAGGAAGGAGAGGGACCCCCUGCCUCAGAUGGUGGCCUCUGCUCCCAGACAGGGACCGCAGCCUCCAAGGACACGUUGUUGGGGGAGGUGGCUAUUUCUGUGGACACCAAGGGCCUGCCCCCUGGGCAGGGUGGUGAUGUGCCUGCCGCGUCCAGUGUGAAGCUGCCGGCUGACCCCGCCUGCCCAGAACCCGCUGUCCAGGCUGCAUUGGACUUCUCCACAGUCACCAGGUCUGUGUAUGCAGAUCGGGAGGACGAUUCUCCUGACUCCUCCCCAGAGGAGCAAAAGUCAGUCAUUGAGAUCCCUACCGCAGCCACAGAGAGUGUGCCUUGUCCCGAAAGCACGUCCAAGAUCCCCAUCAGGACUUCGGCCCCAGCCCAGGCAGAGAGGGCCCAGCCUGAGGGCCUGCCCAGCCCGGAUGAGGACAGGACUGAGCCGAAGGCUAGGCCAAAGUCUAAAAUACCCAUGAAAGCACCCCUUCAGGGGGUUGGGCGGCAGCCCCUGCCCCAGGGUCCAUCCCUGCCCCAGACAGUGGCCCCUCAGGGACAGGAUACUCUAGACAGGGCAGCAGACGACAGGGGCAGAUCUGAGUCUGGUGCCAGUUCAGGGAGAGCCAGAAGCUAUGCUGAGACAGAAGUGGGGGGUGGGGAGGGGGCAGAGGAGCCCAAGCUGCAGUCAGAGGGUGAGGCCACGAGCCCCAAGCUACUUGCCACCUGUCUACCAGCACAAGGAAGGGGGCCCCCCCAGGAGAGCAAGGAGCAGUUCUUGGACCUGUACAGGAAUUCCCUCGAGUUCUUCGAGGAGAUUAGCGAUGAGGCAGCCAAGCUGGUGGACAGGCUGGCCCAGGCAGAGAGGGAGCAGGAGGCAGUUUCCGAUGACGAGAGCAGUAGUGCCCUGGACGUGUCCGUGAUCGAAAACCUGCCGCCUGCUGAGACCGAACCCCCGGUCCCCGAGGACGUCUUUGACACGAGGCCAGUUUGGGAUGAGUCCAUUGAGACUCUGAUUGAACGCAUCCCCGAUGAGAACGGCCAUGACCGUGCUGAAGAUCAGCAGGAGGAGCAGCGGCGGAUGGAGGAACGGCUGGCCUACAUUGCUGACCACCUGGGUUUCAGCUGGACAGAGUUAGCACGAGAGCUGGACUUCACCGAGGAACAGAUCCAUCAGAUCCGAGUAGAGAACCCCAACUCCCUGCAGGACCAGAGCCAUGCGCUACUGAAGUACUGGUUGGAGCGGGACGGGAAGCUUGCCACUGAUACCAGCCUCAUCGGCUGCCUCACGAAGAUCAACCGGAUGGACAUCGUCCACCUCAUGGAGGCCAGCAGCGAGCCGCUCCCGGAGCGCGGCAGCCUCGGCUGCUCGGAGCUGGAGCCGCCUACGGCGCCGGACCACAGCGAAGGCUUCUCUGCCCUCCCAGAGGAGCUGUCCACCCUGCACGCAGCGUCCAGGGAGAGCAGGUCCUGCGGCCCCCCUCCCAUUGUCUCAGACGAAGACCUCUCCGUCAGCUACUCCACCUUUCAGGAUUACACCCCCAAAACGGAAGGGGACAGCCCAGCCUCCAGACUCGUCCCCCCUACUCAGCAGGAGCAAGUGCCCCAGGGCCUGUUGGGGACUGUGCCAGCUCCAGAGCAGGAAUACUUUGUGACAACCCCAGGGACAGAAGGAUCAGACACUGAAAAGGCUGCAUCUGCACCUGGCUCUCCCAGAGGGACCCCCAAGGAGGACAGGUCCCCCCUGCGGACCCCCUCCCCCUCCCCUGGGGAGCAGGCAGACCCGCCCGUUGUGCAGGAACCCCAGGAGCCCCUGGGCCUCAGGCGGGGCGCUUCUCCCCGGAAAACCAGCCUGGUGAUAGUGGAGUCUGGGGAUGACCAGCCACCGGCCUUCGAGAGUCUUGAUGAAAACUCGGCUUUCCAGAAGGAGCUCACGGCCGAGCUGGGUGAACUGGAGGCCAGCUCAGAUGACGAAGCAACAGUCACCACCAGGGUCGUCCGCCGGCGUGUGAUUAUUCAGGGUGAAGACAUGCCUGAAGUGCCCCCAGAAACUGUCACAGAGCAGGAGUACGUGGACGAGCACGGGCACACCGUGGUGAGGAAGGUUACCAGGAAGGUCAUCAGGCGGUACGUGUCCCCUGACGGCAUAGAGAGGGAGGAGGUCACCGUGCAGGGACAGCCCCAGGAACCCAUCAGUGUCGAGGAUGGGGACGGCUUCUCCAAAGUCAUAAAGCGUGUGGUGCUGAGGAGCGACACCGAGCAGUCAGAGGUGACUCUGUCUGAGCCCAGUGCCCUGUGUGAGUCCUCGAGGUUCCAGGCUGAGCCCGUGGACGGCCGGCGUGUCAGCAAAGUCGUGAAAACGACAGUGAUGCGUGGAGAGAGGAUGGAGAAGCACCUGGGGGACCCCCGUCUCGCUUCCGACCUUCCCUCCGCCAAAGCCGACUUUGAAGAGGCGUUGAGGUUCGCAGGUAGCCCCGCGCAAGUCCACCUCCCCAGCUUAGUAGAGCGCGAGAUCCUGAGAGAGGACGGAUCGGUCGUUAGAAGGACGACGCUCAGUAAGGCCAGCACGCGCAAGAGGGCGGUGGUGAAGGACCAGCAGGGGACACGGGUGCACCUGGAGCGGCUGGAGGAUGUGCCUGAGGCCCUGGAGCGGGACGCCUUCCAGCACGACCUCCAGCAACUGCUGCGGCGUUUCUGCCAGGACGGCCCGAAGCGAGAGGCCAAGUGAGGGCCCCGCAGCUCACGUCGGAAACCCUGUCGCACCUUCGGUGCACAGCGCACCCCCUUUUGUCAGAGGAGCAGCCUGCCUGGCCCCGGGGCCCUGACACCCCCCCCUCCAGCACACACACUGCACUUGGUUAGCUCGCCCCCACCCCCUUUAACUGUACGCUAAUUUGUGACCAAAGAUAGCAUCCUCGUCCUGGGUGCUGUGUCCCCAAUGUCCUGGCGUCUGGACCGGCCUGGGCACUGGCCACUCCUCGUCCCUCGCUUCCGCCCGGGCUCCAUGCAAAGCCGUCGAUCAGGGCAACUCCCUGUGCACCUCGCCCCGGGACGAGCAGGUGCGGUUCGUUCAGGUCUCGCUAACAAUCCAGCGAGGGCACCUUCCGCUGCGCAACAGGUCAGACCUACCAGACCUAACAGUCCAGCGUAGCUUCGGCCCUUCCGGGGUGAGGACCCCAAGGAACUGCCCCAGGGGAGCUCGGACUGUGGCCGGGAGUGUUGGCAGGGCGCUUCACAAGGCUGCAACCCCUGCCCUGCUCCAGACUCCCGUCGCUGCUCGCGCAGACCGCGCUGUCUUACGGGCGGCCCUUCGGUCCGGCCACUGAGCAGGCUCUGCCCGCAGCACCUGCAGUCGUCGGUGGGAGGUUCCGGCUCCUCCUCCUCCCUCCAGGCCCGUCUCCGCGAGCGCCUGCAUGUCGCACCUGGAAACCCGGCCCGGUCAGAGCCCUGCUCUCAACACUCGGGCGGUUUUCGUUCUUACCCAGGACACGUCUCACCCUUCAGUGAGAUGGACAAGAUGGCAGACAAGAUGGAGAAGUCCUUAAAAAUUUGGGUUUGGUUAAAAGUUUUGGUUUAUUUAUUUGAACCCUGAGGUGCAUUUGGGCAUUUCCCGUGUGUUUAUUUCAAAGCAGGGCCUCCCGUCACCUGAGUGGUCCCCACGCCCCGGUCUGCAUUCUUCCAGUGGUCAGAGCUGCGCAACAUUUUAAUCACAUUUACUCACAAAUAUAUUCCUGUAAACAGUAUACGUUUUGGACAUUAUUUGUUAAAGAAAAGCAUAUGCAAUGGAGAUGCAAUUUAAGAACAAACACCAGAGUCUAUCCUCCCUGAUGGCGCAUUCCCGAUUCCAGCCGGUCUUUUCCUGCAAAACCAAUCCUUGCUCCCAAUGUCACAAACCUCGAGACACACAGUGCCACUCAGUCACUUCAGGGAGCGUGGCAGGAGGGCAUGUCCUGGGGACGGCCCCCACGCUGUGCCUCCCGCCCCUCGUGGCUGUGGGGUUGGAAGUUCGUCCUCUGCAGCCGAAGUGAGAGGCCAGUGGCGAGGCCUGGACACGCGGUGGCCUCUCGUGAGCCCUUCCCUGGGCCCCAGAAAGCGUUUCUGUCGUGUGAUUUGCAGUGCAGAUGACGUCUGUGUAACAACUUAACGGUUAUUCACCUCCUUUUGGUUUUGAUUUUUGCUGUGUAAUCAAAAAACUUGAAAACUGUGAGAAGAAGUGAAUUUUCAGUUGAUGACUCGGCAUCUUGUUUCCAUGGUGAUAACACUAACUGAAUAUAUCUAUGAGGGCAUGUAUUAGUUAACGGGAAAAAUACAACACUAACAACACAUAGCUGCAACGUGUACAAUGCUGAUUUAAGUAAAUAAAACGUACAAGUGUUCACUGCA